AUGUUAAGGCAGGAAUCCCGGAGAACACGAUUACGUCGUAUUAAGAGGUAUGGAAACAAGGCUUUCCAGUAAGUGAUGGAAAAUAACGCCGUUAUACCUUUCAGGAGCGCCAGGAGAACGCCGAUGACAUUCGAAACCAUCCCUUUAGGCGACCAGACAGACGACGGUAAUGUGACUUCUUGAACUUAUUCUCCGAAAGUGUCAUCAGCUAGCGAUCAGAUGCGUAUAUUUCUUCUGAUAUGUAAGCAAAUGGCAACACUGCCGUCCACAAUCGAUGUCACUGAGAGCCACUGGAAGGUUAUUUCCAACUACGGGACAAAAGCUUCCGAAACCAAUCGGUAUGCUACCCAAUUUAUAACUCCCUCUUGCGUUAGACCUACUGCCUCACAUGCCUUGGUGGGCACAAUGUAGACGACUGGAAAAGUCGCUGGACAGCUACGUCCUAAGAAAACUAAAGACGUAAGUUUAAUUGAGUGCAGUUUAUCAAAACUUAUUCUGAAUUUUAGACAACAUCCCAGGAGCUUGUACUGA